AACUUAUUACUCAAAAUAAAAAUGGAAUAUCAAAUAAAUGAAUGAAUACAAAAUUCAAAAUUGAAUGUCGUGUUUCGGUACCGCUAAAACAUGUUUACCGACGGUGUCUUCUCGUGCGAGUUCGAGGUAUAUGGUAAGGUCCAAGGCGUCUAUUUCCGGCAUCAUGCCAUGAUCAAGGCCAAGACCAUGGGACUUCGGGGCUGGUGCAUGAACACGGCAAAAGGCACUGUCAGGGGCUACAUGGAGGGGCGGCUUCCCGAGAUCGACGUGAUGAAGGAGUGGCUGAAAAACACGGGCAGUCCCGAGUCGAAUGUCGAGAGGGUGAAGUUCAGUAGGCCACGUGAGAAGGAAGGAUAUGGCUUUCCCAAUUUCCACGUCAGAGCCGAUGGCUAUGCAGAGACUUCAGUUCCAAAAAAAAACAAAAGAGUCCGACUAUAUUGAGUCAACCCCAAAACCAAAAGAAUAUUAGCAUUAAAGAGCAUCUCAAAUGGAAGAUUUCUGGGCCUGGGAUCUCAUCAGCUCGAUCUGGACUUACCCGAUACCGGAAAGAGUCUAAAACAAAGGCACAACACAGGCGUGGAACUAUAAUUAAAAUGCACUUGAUUAUGAUGACUCUCAGAGGCUCUUCACUCGACAGCCACUCAUUAGAACCGAACAAAUAACUAUAGCUAAGGAAUAAAAAUAAAAAUAAAUAUUAACUGCAGUA